AUGGAAACACCAACGAAUGCUGUUCCACCUUCGAUUCUUAAACCGUCGGCUCGCUCAAUAGCUACUUCGAAAUGGCCGAAUGAUCCAUCCACAAUCGACAAAUACAAUUGGUUACUGCACGUCAUGUACGGUCGAGGAGAAUACGAUCGUAUUCAGCAGUUCAUACGUGUUCAACCACAAACAAAUCCUUAUAUGACAUACGUUCAAGCGCUCGUAAAUCGACAAGAAGGACGAAUUGCUGAAGCGCUCGAUCUUUUUCAAAAAUCAGUGGUAGAAAAUCCAACACUGGUCAAUAUAAAACAAGUGGCAAAAUCAUUGGCAUUAUUAGGUCGUUACCGUGUGGCUAUUGAUGCCUACAAGGAAGCAUUAACGCGAACAACGAAUGAUUGGGAAGUCUUUCAUAAUUUAGGCUUAUGCUAUAUGCAAUUACGUGAAUUUAACGAAGCAAAACAAUAUUUCUUACAAGCACUGCAAGUUUCUGAGAUCCAAGAAGCAUCCUACAUAGCAUUAGGGAAAGUUUUAUUACUGGAAGGUGAACGCGACGAAGCAGAAGCUAUUUUCGAACGAGGUGCUAGACGUAAUCCUGAAUCUCCAACACUAUUUACACAUAUUGGACUCUUGGCAUUUGAAAGAGCACAUUAUACAAAAGCAUUUGAGUGUUUCGGCACAGCACUCACAUUUUGUCCAACGCAUAUUCCCGCUAUUAUGGCAGCAUGUCAAGUUAUUCAAAAGCAUGGCGAUGCAGAUGUAGCCUUGUCGAAAUAUCGAAUUAUUUAUGGACGAAAGCCGGAAUGUGCACAAGUCUGGAAUAAUAUUGGCAUGUGCUUUUUUUCCAAAAAGAAGUUUGUUGCCGCUGUUAGCUGUUUGAAACGUGCGAAUUAUUUAGCACCAUUCGAAUUGUAUGUACUUUAUAAUUUGGCACUUGUACAUUUAUAUUUACAGCAAAAUGCAUCCGCAGCAAUAUUUCUUCAGUCAGCUAUUCGAAUCAAUCGAAAACACGCACCAAGUUAUGCUCUCUUAGGUGUGGCAUUAUCGAAACUCAAUGAUUCAGAUAAUGCUGAACGUGCUUAUGCAUACUCACUUAAACUCGACUCAGCAGACCCAAUGACAUUGCUUAACUACGGUAUCUUUCAAGCAAAUACCGGUGUCUCUCCAGCAAAAAUUAAUUCCACUAUGCAACAAUUCCAUCGUUGUUAUGCUGAACGAGCAGCAGCAGCAGCAAAUCCACGUGAUAUAGAUGCAUCUAUGUUGGAUGUGGCUACGAAGUUGGGCUAUCCAGCACCACCUCCAGCUCCACCAUCCGAUCUUCCAACAGAAAAAUUAUCAUUCCCAUCAGGACUUCCACCGCCACCUGCAUUUCCAUUUUCAACGAAUUCUAAUCGACCAGCUGACGACAGCGCAUCUAAUGUACCACCACCACCACCACCAUCUGCAUCGUCUACACUUUCUCCAAGUGAUUCAACCAAGGAUGACGAUCCAACGAAACAAUCACCUCCAGAUGAACCUGAAGUGAAAACGAAAAUUUAUGAUGCCAAUCGUCAUAAACUACGACGAAUGAAACAGGAACCUACAUAG